AUGCAGACUAAGUUGGUAUUUACACGUCCCGGGGGCCUCAAACCUCCUCACUCUCCCCCAGCGCUGCUGUCUACCCCUCGUCGUCUCUCCCCUUUACCUCAGCUCAAGAAUGCUUCAAUCGAUGCCAAGAGUCCAGAUACCACGAGACAGGCGACAAAGCUAAGUCGGAUGGCUAUGGAGCUUGCCCUCGUGUCCCGUGCCGAUGCCCGUCGCGCUCUCCAGCGGCUGCAAAAUGGUGCGCAAGGCGCCAAACCGAGAGGCACGCGGACCUAUAAGCUGAAGUCACCAAUCGUGCGCCGAUCUCGAGUGCUGAAGGGGAUACCGCCGCGCCGUACGCCUGCGCCGCAAAACGCCCAUCGCCCGGUCGUUCUGGCGGAGAAGACAGACGAAGAGAUUGCGCGGUUGCUGGCUGGAGAACAGGCGAGCCACCUAUGCCACCAACCCACUUGUGUGAACCCUGACCACAUUGUGGUUGAGCCAAAGAUGGCCAAUGAAGCGCGCAAGGGAUGCCGGUCCCUGGGGCCUACCAUCAAGACAGUGUGGAAUGGCAAGGUGCUAAGUUUACCACCACGGGGCGUGUGUAACCGCCCUGGCCAAAGAUGCGUGUUUAUGAUCGAAUGGCGGCAUGCUGUUGCUGAUGAAUGA